UAAGCAUCGGGCUGCAAAACCAAAAUUUCCGAUACCGAGUCGGAACAUUUUCAUUUUCGUACCGCGCAAGUCCAAGACGAAGAUGGCCGAUUAGAGAGAUCGAACUCCAUGAAACUUCUUCCUCCUCAUCGCAACGCCCACUCCCGAAUCGUACUCCUCUCCUCCUCCUCCUCCUCCUCCUCUGCCGCCGCUCUCUUAACUUAGCCUCUCAAUCACUUCAACUCCUUUAUUUCUCGCCGGCCGACGACCAAUCAUGGACGUCGAUCCUCGUCACUACGACAACAUCGCUGUGAAUGAUGGUGAUAUCCAGAACAUUGUUCUAUCGUACCUUGUUCAUAAUUGUUAUAAAGAAACUGCAGAGUCGUUCACUACCUGUACUGGGCUUAAGCACCACACGGAUUAUCUUGUUGACAUGGCAAAAAGAAAAAGAAUUUAUGAUUUUGCAGUAGAAGGGAAUGCACUUAAGGCCAUUGAGUUAACAGAAGAGGUGGCACCUGGUCUACUUGAGAAGAUUGAGGACCUUCAUUUUGAUCUUUUAAGCCUUCAUUUUGUUGAACUUGUUUGCUCUAGGAAAUGCACAGAGGCCCUGGAAUUUGCUCAGGUCAAGCUUGCUCCUUUUGGGAAGUUGCAUAAAUAUGUGGAAAAACUUGAAGAUUUCAUGGCCCUCCUUGCCUAUGAAGAACCAGAGAAGUCUCCAAUGUUUCAUCUCCUUAGCGUGGAUUACCGGCAAAGAGUAGCAGAAAGUCUAAAUCGAGCAAUUCUUGCGCAUGGAAAUUUGCCAAGCUAUACAGCAAUGGAAAGGCUGAUAAAGCAGGUGACUGUAGUUAGACAGUCUUUGAGCCAAGAGCUGGGCAAGGAUGGGUUUCAAUCAUUUUCUUUGAGGGAUUUUCUGAAAAGCUAAUCCAAAGAGUUCGUUUAGGCUCACAGCACUGAGAUACAACCAGCUCCAAAUCUUGUUGCCACCCAUGGCUGGGUAUGGAAGAUUGUUGCUCUCUUCACAUGCCUUAGGUGCCGUGUAGGGCCCUAAACUGAGUCAUCUAGGUCCCUCGAGCAAAAGUUCGUUUCUUUUCAGUUUGGUGACCUCGUUGUGCCAGUGGCUUGCUUUGUAUUGUGAUUGUACAUGCUGUCUCUAAUUUUGCUGCUUGCCCUAUUUUCCCCCUUUUCUUUUAUUUUUCAAAAUUUUAAUGUAUGGAGACAUCGAGAUAUUGGCUACAUUAUUUUGUCAUAGUCAUGGUACGGUUUUGGCACGGAGGAACUAUACUUUGUUAUUUAAGUAUUUUUUUACCAGAAAAUCUGCAUAUCCAA